CAUGACUUCCCAGAUGAACUGCGAGCAGAUAUUGCCAUGCAUCUGAAUAAAGACAUCCUGCAGCUGCCUGUGUUUGAGAGAGCCAGCAGAGGGUGUCUGCGUUCUCUCUCCCUGCACAUCAAGACUUCCUUCUGUGCACCAGGGGAGUACCUCAUCCGCCAUGGAGAUGCCCUGCACGCCAAUUAUUUUGUUUGUUCCGGUUCUCUUGAAGUCUUGAAAGAUGGUAUGGUCCAAGCUAUUCUGGGAAAAGGUGACCUGAUAGGGGCUGACCUGCCAGAGCAUGAUCAGGUGAUCAAGACAAAUGCAGAUGUGAAGGCUCUUACCUACUGUGACUUGCAGUACAUCAGUGUUAAGGCUUUGAGGGAGGUCCUCAGGUUGUAUCCAGAGUACGGCAGUCGCUUCAGCUCUGACAUCCACCACAACCUUACCUACAACCUGAGAGAGGGCAGUGAGCCUCAUGCAGUAAAGAGAUUUCCAAGGACUCCGAGGCAAACUCUGGCUCACCUCUCUUUGGAUAACAAAUUACCCUACGUCAUUGAGACAGAUGAUGAAGAACAAGCGGAUGACAUCAAACAUUCGUGGCGGAGCAGAGCACCUCUGCUACAAGGUUCUGGCAGUCCUGUUCAAAGUUCCCGUCUCAGUACUUUAGGGCAGGAGCUGCAACACAUCCAUCCAUUUCGGUCGCCUGCUCCUCAACGCCAAGGCUGCAUCGUCUCUCCUCAAUCCUUUAACGAGUUCUCCCCAUCCCAUUCUCUCAGCCUCAAAAAAGAAUCAGUUUUAAGUCAUUGGCCGUCCAAGUUAAUGCUUCCUUCUUUGUCUUGUGCUAGCCCUUUAAACCUGAGCCCAAGAGUUGUGGAUGGAAUCGAAGACAACAGCUCCACAUUUCCUUUCAAUAUAGAGCAGGAUAAGAGGCAAACAAAUGUGUCAGAAGAAUUACAGAUGAAUGGAAACCUGUUAACUGAGACAGAAGACAUGAAACGGAACAUGACCCAAUUAAAUAAAGAGGUAAACACCUUAAAUGAGGAAGUCUCCAAUCUGGUGAAGGAGCUCCAUGACAUAAUGCAUUUCCUGCAGUCAAAUAUGCCCAUGCUUCAUCAUGUCUCUCCUUCUGGGUCCACAAGUUCCAGCAACUGGCAGCCUCAUGUUUCUUUAGAUUCAUCUAAUGAGCUACACCUACGUCAUGAAACGAUUAGCUACCCAGGUAGAAAUGCAUGGGACUGCGGUGGAAUGCAGUCACACAGCAGAGCUCCAACUUUGCUGCAUUCUUCAAGCUCUGUGUCCGCCUUGCAUGUAUGCUGCUCUGACCGAGAUGGAACAGCUGAUAGGCUGCAGAGCCAGUAUAGUCCAUUUCAAAUACCCACAGUCACCCCCAGCUCCCCUUAUGCAACCCAUCCUCAAAACCUUGUUGGUUCAUCCCUCCUUGGCAUUAACUCAGCUUUCAGCAACUUCCCAGUGAUCUGCCAGAGCCAACAAGGUGUCUACAAUACAUCUAACCCCUCAAAAGAUAACACUAAUCCAGUAUGUUCUACAAUAAAUUGUGGUCAUUCUCAUCUUCCAAGGAAUUUUCUAACAGGCUCACAAAAUCUUGGCAGUCCCCAGACACAAAUUCAUUCUUCCACAAGUCCCAGUGGACAACUUCAGUAUCACACAGCCUUCAGCUCUCUGACAUCCUCACCGUCCACAGAGCUUAAGAAGAGCCAGCAGAUCUCUACAAGACAAAAUGACCCAGUGGGAUCAAGCCCUGUCCGUCACUCACAGGACCGCGCGUGUUCUUUGCUGGGGCAGCUUUCAGACAGAGAGUUUGGAGGCUCCCUUCACCAAGCGAGGACAGAUAAUUACGGAACAAGUGAAAAUGUAUUAGAAAAAUUACAACAUCAGUGAAAUGUGUUUGUGUUAUUUUGUCAUAAUGAUGUGCUUGU